AUGCUUCAACAAUGCAUUGGAAAAUCCCCUCGAGAAAUAAGAGAUCCUUUGAUUAGUGGCAUACUCACUAACUCUCUGAGCCUAUGCAUAAACCGCUACGGAAACUAUGCGGUUCAGUAUGUGUUGGAAAUGGAAAAUUGUCAAGUGGCAGCGUCUCUAUCGCAAUAUCUAGAUGGGCAUUACGUGCAACUCUCUUGUGACAAAUUUGGGAGUCAUGUUGUGCAAAAGUGUUUGGAAACUAGACAAUUUAACUCAAGGAGGAUCAUAAACGAGCUGAUAAGUGACAUUGAUUCAAUUCUUGUAGAUCGUUUCGGAAACUAUGUGAUUCAAACUGCAUGGGUGGUAUCUCAGGAUGAUAUGCGGAAUAAAUUGUUGUAUCAUAUCAACAAGAAUUAUCCUUUAAUGAGGUACAACAUGUACGGAAGGAAAAUACUCGAGAAACUCAGUCUCUGAAUAUAGAACAACAUAUCAAGAGUAAGAUAUCGAGCCACUAUUAGAGUUAAUGUUUGGUGUGUUUUUUUCUUUUGACUUUGACUCAGUGUUGUCAAUUAGUGUUUAUGUGUUUUAUUUGUUACGUGUUUUCUUUUAGAUUUGUGUUGUAGUUUCAUUAGUCAUGGUAUUUUUAUAUUCAUCCAUCAAACGGGCUUGUAACUAUUAAAAGUCUUCUUGUGUCGAAUGCUUUCAAUCAUAAUUGUUUUCAAAUGUUAGUGUGUUUUUUUUUUUUUUACGCAUUAUUAUCACUGGUAAAGUUAGUGAUCUCAUUUUGUUUAUACGUUUGUAUCCUAAGUUUAAUCGUUUUUGAGUUUAGAGAAGGAGCGGCCCUGAAAUUGGCCUAGAGGAUAGAGAAAAAUCAUGCUUCUAAAUAAAAAUCAUCUACCAGGACAAUUAAAAUUUGCUCGUAUGGUUCAGUUAUGUUUAAGCAAACAUGAAAUAUUAGCAUACUAGUAUUACCACCUGUGCUAUGCACAGGUCAAUUCUCUGUUUCAAAAAUUAUUUGAUCAUCGUUUUAAUUUUCAAAUAAAGUGAAUGUUAUUUCAAAUAUUAUAUGAAUAAUAGCACGUAAUAUUAGAGGUACAUGCAUGAUAUAAAGCUGUCAAAAGGUCGAAACAAUAACUUUGAUAUCAUUACAAAAUUGAUACAUGUUUGUAGAAUUUUUCAUAAAUAAAUAAAAUAUAUACCAAAAUACAAAAUAUACUUGAAAUACAAUAUUUGAUGGUUAAGUACAGAGUAACAAAUGAUUAUUAGAAAUUUAUUAUUUAAGUUUGUUUAUAGUUUGAAAUUGACAUUUUAUGUUAAUUUACCUAACAUGUUUUUUCUUAAAAGCACACAUUUAACCAAAAUUAACCCACAUUAGUCAUUACUUAUUUUGAUAGUUUGUUUAAUUUAUCAGAUUGAAAUUUACAAAUUUAGUUUGCCUUUUAUAAAUUAAAAAAAAAAAUUGUUUAGCAAUAGUCAAGUGAUUCAACUUUGGAUUCAGAAAUGAAAGCUUCGCUAUACGUUCAACAAAU